AUGAUCUUGCUCCUCUUCUUGUUUGGUCUGGCUCUGGGUGCUGUGAUUCCUCCAGAUGACCAGAGAGUGAAGCUACAGCGAGGCAACUGUCCCCCGUUCUGGUACAACUUCAACGGCCGCUGCUACAAGUACUUCUCUUCACCUAUGACCUGGGCUGAUGCAGAGUUCCACUGUGUGUCACAGAGAGCCCACCUGGUGUCGAUCCACAGUCUGAAGGAACAGAAUUUUGUCAAUUCCCUGAUCAGGAAUUUCGAUCCUAAAGAAAGACCGACCUGGAUCGGCUUGACUGACAUCUACAAAGAAGGCAGAUGGAUCUGGUCUGAUGGAUCUAGAGUCGACUUUUUCUUUUGGAACAGAGGAGAGCCGAAUGGUUCUGGUAACGAAAACUGUGGACAGACCAACUGGGAGUCGUCAAGGAGAUGGAAUGACUAUCGAUGUUCAAAUUUACUACCUUUUGUUUGUGCAUUGCGCACACAUUGUCCUUAA